AGGAACAUUAACAGUGUGACGUCCAACGGAAGUAAACAAUACAAGUUGAGUAGCGUUAAUUGUUUGUAAGUUUUAAGCAGCGGGAAUACAACAUUUUAGUCGUAGCGCAAAUUUUUUUUUUUUAAAUUGGGCGAUCAAGCAAAAAUGUCUUCCGUUCAUGUUUUAAGGGGGUUUGUUAACGAGCGACUAGCUGCUGCUGCUGAAGAAAUAUUCUCUGUUUUUGAAAAAACUAUCGUCGAGUACGAGAAAGAGAUCGACCGUCAGCGCAGACUGUUGGAUAUCGUUUGGAAACCCGAAAUAAAGUUACACCGAAUAGAGCUCCCACAGCAACGUGUCUGUGAGGAGGAGGAGGAGGAGGAGGUUCCUGCUGACCAGCAGCUCUGUAUUCAGGAGAGGAACUCCAGUCUGGACCAAGAGGACCCAGAGCCUCCACAAGUUAAAGAGGAAUCGGAGCAGCUUGAAGUGAAGCGGGAGACUCCUACUUUUGAGGGAAGUGACCACAGUGAAGAUCAGACUGUGUACUUAAAUCCUUAUGACACUUUAAAUGCAGCAGAGACAGAGUCUGCAGUCACCAUACCAGUUAUAAGCUCUGUGGUAUCAUAUGCAACCAGUGACCACCAGCUCCUCUCUGGUGAUCAAGCAGAGCCAAAACAGAAAAGACACUACAGAACCAGAAGUCACAUUAACAAUGUAAGCAGCCCUAGCCUGUCAGAGGAUAACUGUAACACUGACAAAGGUAAAAAGUCUUUCAAAUGUGACCCAUGUGGAAAAGAUUUUAAUUAUAAGGGACAUUUGCAGAGACAUCAGAGAAACAUCCACAAAGGUUAUAGGUCAUUUACCUGUAAAAUUAGUGGAAAACAUGUACGGUCUACUAGUUUGGUGAGCCAUAUGAGAAUCCACACAGUCGGAAAACCAUUUACAUGUAAAAUUUGUGGGUGGGGUUCCAGAUACAAUAGUGCAUUAAAACAACACUCGAAAAUCCACACAGGUGAGAAGCCAUAUUCUUGUAAAACUUGUGGGAAAGAUUUCAGACAACAUUCUAACUUGGUAGUCCAUAUGAGAAUCCACACAGGGGAGAAGCCAUACGCUUGUAAUACUUGCGAGAAAAGAUUUGCUGACGGUUCAUCAUGUAAAACGCAUAUGAGAAUCCACACAGGUGAAAAGCCGUUUACAUGUGAAAUUUGUGGAUUGGUUUUCAGCCAGCGUGGUAAUUUGAGAAUCCACAUGAGAACUCACACAGGUGAGAAGCCAUACGCUUGCAAUAUUUGCGAGAAAAGAUUUGCUGACAGUUCAGGACGUAAAGUGCAUAUAAGAAUCCACACAGGUGAGAAGCCAUAUUCUUGUAAAACUUGUGGUAAAGAUUUCAUACAACAUUGUAGCUUGGCGUCCCAUAUGAGAAUCCACACAGGGGAGAAGCCAUACGCUUGCAAUACUUGCGGGAAAAAAUUUGCUCACAGUUCAUCAUGUAAAACACAUAUGAGAAUCCACACAGGUUAAAAGACAUUUACAUGUAAAGUUUGUGGAUUGGUUUUCAACCAGCGUGGUAAUUUGAGAAUCCACAUGAGAACUCACACAGGUGAGAAGCCAUACGCUUGCAAUACUUGCGAGAAAAGAUUUGCUGACGCUUCAACAUGUAAAACAUAUAUGAGAACCCACACAGGUGAGAAGCCGUUUACUUGUAAAAUUUGUGGGACAUCUUUCAGACGCAACAAUGUAUUAAAUCACGUGAAAACCCACACAGGUUAGAAUCCACAUUCUUAUUAAAUAUAAGGAAAAAGGUUUAAAAAUGAAUUGUGACUUAAAAAUCCACAAGACAAUCCAAAACAGUUGAGAAGCGGUAGACUUGUAAAACGAGGUUCAGCUUUCGGACAAACUGGUGAGUUGAUCAUCCGCAUGACGGGUGGGAGAUUUUGGACACAAUAGCUUUUUGGCCACAUGAGAAAAGGCCACACUGGUGAGAAGCUCUUCAAAAGAUAGAAACCACUGAGCUGAUACUCCAGUACAAAUUUGUUGGUAAAUGGAAUUAAUUUUAUUUUUAAAAUAUGAAUGUGCUGCCUUCCUGCUUUUGCUUUUUUUUUUUUUU